GGGUGUAUGAUGGAAGGGAUCUCCCGGGAGAUGGAACAUCAAGCCCCUGUUGGACCAGCAGUGACACGCGUCGGACAAAGGGGCAGGCUGUCUAUAAAUGGAGCAGAGUGGGGCACUCCAACUGACUGACAAACUACUUCAUCACUGUCAGCACUACUGGGCACCCUGAGUACAGAUACAGAGUGUGCAAGGACAGUAUGUAGAACUGGCUCCUGUGAACUAACACUACCUCUACACUCUGGACAUUUAGACAUUCUCUGCAAGGCUGCCUAGGUAUGUACUUAGUAUACCAUGAUAAUGAGAUGCUUUAAAGCUGUAUUGAUGGUGCAUGCUUCAUUUUUACACAGUGGUUUAUAGAAUCUUUAAGGUGACUAAGCAUGAUCAGAAUGUUACAAUGUAGAAUAGUUAUGGAACACACGCAGUCUGCUGAUUCUUUCAUUAAGUGUGAGGCAUUUGUGAAAAACAUCACCCAUGUAGUUUAAUUGUGUUAUGAUAGGGGGGUUAAAUAAACCACAGGAUAAAUAAUGCACAAGUGUAAAAAACAAACACAAAAAAACACACAAAACAAAACAUACAGUACAAACAACAUUCAUUUUUUUAUAGAUCGUCUCAAUGAAUUCUAAAUAAUGCACUUUAUUACAUCAUAAACCAUGUAAAUUAAAAUAUUUAAUACAAUCCUAAAUAAUUUAUGUACUUCAAAGUACAAUAUGAAAUUAACUUUUUCAUAGUAACAAACAUAAUAUAUAAAAGUAAAUCAUGUACAUUAUAUCUAUUUUUUAUAUAUUGUUUUUAUUCCUCUCUCUUUUUAAAUGGUAAUAACCCAAUAAUGCUAUUAAAUGGAAGGGGUCUUACAAAAAAGAAUUACAAAUAUAUACAUAUAUAUACACACACAGAUAAUACAUACACACAUAUUAAAAAUAUAGUGAUACAUCAUAUUUUUCAAAACACACCAUUGGCCCCUACUUAAUAUGGCUUAGUCAAACCAAUAAUAAAUGAAAUACAUGUAAUAAUAUGUAAUAAAAUGUAAUAUUUAUUGUAGCACACAUCUGACCCAUAAUUAAAAUUAUUCAAGUAGGUAAAAUAUCAAAUGAAAUAUUUAAAGCUGGCUAACAUACGUAUAAAAUUGAUCAUAUAAUAGUUCAGAAAAUUUAUAUAAAAUAUAAAUGAUCUAUUUUUAAAUUUGACUGACUUUUUAAAAAUGUUGUGUUUUAAAAAAAUUAAUACAUUAUGUUUCUCUGUUUCUUUGUUUCUAUAUAUAUAUAUACACACACACACACACACACAGACACACAAAACACACACACACGUAUACAUUGAUGCCCUAUAGAAACAAAUUUUUAUUCACGUUUUAUUAAUAAAAGUCAUGUUAGACAGUGCAUUGAGUCUUGUUGAGAUUUAGUUCAAAAUUAAGAAAAAUGGUUUUCAUUUGUGGACAUUUCUACCAAGCUGUCAUUAACAUUAGGCAUAUGUAUAAAUUUUUAUAUUUACAUUUUUUUUAGAGUCUUACUGGUAAAAUGACACGCAAGAUCUUUACUAACACUAGAGAGAGAUGGAGGCAGCAAAAUGUAAACAGCGCUUUUGCUGAGCUAAGAAAACUCAUCCCCACUCAUCCUCCAGAUAAAAAACUGAGCAAAAAUGAAACUCUCAGACUGGCUAUGAGAUACAUAAAUUUCCUCAUUGACAUCCUGGGGGAUCAAGGAAUAACAAAGGUUGGAGUAAAUUCUCCUGGAAAUAUUUUGGGCCUUUUCGAACCUGAGCCAGAGAUGUCAAACCUUAAAGAAUGGACUGUCGAUAACAGCAGCGAUUCAUCCCCUGGAACAAGCAGCGAUACCCAGGACUGUUGGUCAUUGGCUCCGUCACCAUAGCUCUUUUCCAGUGGGUUGAUGAUUACCCAUCAAUUACAUUUACUGUAUAUAUCUAUAUCUUUACCUAUUGUAGGUUUUGUUGUUAAUUAAGAAAAUCUCUCAUUUUUCAAAAUAUCCUUCUCCUUGAAAAGAAAACUUUGAUUUGAAAUUCCGGUUAAGAGUGCAUUGCACUAUUGAUUAUGUACUCGUUAAAUUCCGAGAUACAUAUUAGAUUCUAAAAUUGGCAUGGUUACAGUAUCAUGUAUUUUCUUUAGGUAUGGUGCCGCUAGUCACUUUUACUGUAUGGUGUUGAACCUUUUGUUGUGAGCUCUAUGGAGCUUCAUAAUACUCUUUUCAAGGGUCUCAGCAAAAUCCUUCUAUCAUCACAAUCAAAUAUAAUGUUUAGGAUCCAAUACUAUAUCUACAAAGAGAAAGUUACUAUUGUCACUUAAUGUGAUUGUGACAUUAAAUAAGAAGUAGGCUUGUGAAAAAUUUAAUUUGGAGCAGUUCAUCCCAUUCAAAUUAUUUCUAAUCCACAAUCGAACAAAUCAAUGCAUCCGGGAUUUACCUGUGGAGUCUUAUUCAAUAAAUAAGUGUGGGUCAAAAGAAAUUAAAUUUUUAAUUAAUCACUCCAAACACAAUUUUGCACAAGACUAAAAGAGAUAUAUAUAUGUUUAUCUGAUGGGACAAAUGUUGGCAUCCAUUUAGCAAAACUCUUCUAUUGAAUGUAGUUGUUAAAAUCUUGUAACAUAGUUGAUAUCAUUUGGGGAUAAACUAAUGAGACGUGAGUGGAGAAUAGCUAUCUUGUAAAAAGUAAGCCAGAUGUCUGAUUUGGAGAAAAUAUCCAUUUCAUGGUAAAGUAGAAAUAUUUUCUUCAACUAUGUAGAAUGAAUAAAGUCCCUAUGUUAACAGCUAGGAAAUUAAAAAUAUACAUUUUCCAAAAGUAAAAUAUCAGUGUGUGUUAUCUUAUCUUUUAAUACAUUUAAUGGUUUGAGUAUAUUAGAAAAACAAAGGAAAUUCUCCAUAUUUAUAUUGUGUAUAAUAUAAUACUGUUGCAAUGUUGUUGUUUUUAUAGCACUUACUGGCAAAAAAACACUCCGAAGAAUUCAUUAAGCGUGUAACGUGUAAGAACAACAACAAUAUGCAAUAGAAUACAUGUAUAUAUAUUUUUAUUUAUUAAUUAUAAAAUCAGGAUUAUUUCUGACAUUGGCUUUUAUGCAUUUUUAAGUGGCUUUUUUUGUAUUUUAAUAAAAAGUUUGAGCAGAAACAGAUCACCAAGGCAAAUAUAACCAGAUUUAAAAUUAAUACAUUCAUUUCUACUACUUUUUCUAUGGAUAUAAAGUCUAAAAAAUUUUUUUUUAAAUUGCCAUCGGUCGUGACGACUGAUUUAAAUUUAGAAAUAAUCUGUCACUCAAAUGGUUAAUUGAGAUAAAAAUCCCAAAACAUUAUUCCAUCCAUUUCAUAGUGCUCCAGCUACAAAGUAACAAAGCACAUUUUUUCUAUUUACACUCAAGGCUUUUCCUUAAAACAUAAAUGGCCAAUGAAAAAAAUGUAUAAGACUGUUAAAAUAUUAUAAUGGGUUAAAAUAAUAUAGCGCCAUCUGGAUACAAGUCUGUGCUUAUUAUUUAUGACCCUUUUACUUUGAAAAGGAUUAUUUUCAUUUUCAGUAAUAUUUAUUGAACAUUUUCACAUUUUUGACCUUUUAAGGUUUAUCGUUGCUGACAAAGCCAGUUAAUGUGUAUUUUAUUUCUAUUCAUAUUUAUUAAAUUGAGGUGUUGUUGAUUGGUAAUUUAUAGCUGUGUUUAAUUUACAAGUGUGCAUAGUUAUUAGCUGCACUUACCAAAGAGUUUUUUUCGGAGUCUUGAAGUUUGUUAUCUGAAUCUAC